AUGUCUGCAGCCAACAAAUCACUUGACUCCACCUUGCUCGAGGCUCUCACAGCCACGACGACUGCGCCAAACGCGGCGAGCACCGCACGCUUGUCCUCUAUAGCGGGGACUAACAACCCUCGGUUCUGGGACCCAAAGAUCCGCAGUGAACAAUGGUAUGAUACCAAAGGGGAACCUUUCAGCUUGAUCUUCCCUGCCAUGAUCGAACCAAUGGGAAAGCACUCACGCAUCGAUCCAUACUUCUCUCUUCCGACCUUGAAGCAGGCACGUGCUUCCGGUACUGAAGGAUGUGCGCACUGUGAAGGCGCAGUUCCAGCUCAGGACUUUGGACGACGGUUAUCCAGCAGAAGCUGUGGUAUGCAGCAGGAAGGCGGCAAACACUUUGAUGCUGCUGAUCAGCAAAUCACCACAGACUCAUGGAUAUCGGCAGAUAAUCGAGAGGUGAUCCAAUUCCUCCGUAACGCCGGCACCUCCAGUGCGGAUCCCUUGCACUUCGUGGUGCACAGCGACCCCUUGUUUCCAGAGGCCGGCGAAAUGAAGCGGGAGGUCAUUCCCGAGUUCAGCCUGGAGGACUUCGAGAACACGGACUUGACGUUCACAGGCGAUGUCUUGAAAGAGAAGUUUGGUCCCAAGAAAAGCUCUGGGUCUUCCGUCCCAGAAGUAGCAGAACGCGGAGUAGAGGACUGGAAGAUGAAGCACUUGCCAGACCCACAGGGGCAUUACAACACGGUAAUGGAGCUCUUCAACCUCCAGGAAAUUCCCGUAGCAGUCCCCAAUGUCCGCGACGCCGAAGGCGUGCUCAUUCACCCUGCGGAGUACAGCGAGAAACUGACGGCCGGCCUGCCAGUUGCAGUCAAGGUCGUGAUGCGGUUGUGGACCUUCGCACCAGAUGCAAAAAGGCCAACAGGUAGUAGGAUCUACCAGACCUCCCUGAAGUCCCUGAAGCUGCUGCCAUUGGGAAAUGGGGGAGAAUCCGUCAUCGCGAAAAUGCCUGCACAGAUCGCUGAAGGCAAAGGGAAACGCAAGGCUGACGGUCACGCGGGUCAAGCGUCGCCGUCCAAGAAGGCACAGAAGAGCGGUGGUGAGACGACCGGCUCUCAUCCGACCGAGAGGUUUGGGAGUGACCCCGAUCACUUCAAGAGAAGACAGAGAUCCAGAAGUUCACAAUUCACGACAUACAACAGUGUUCUACAAAAAUCGAUGAUUUGGAACUCAUUUGGCAAUAUCCAGCAAGUUUUAUAUUCUAACGGAACAUGCUUGAACAAUAUGCCCCCUUCUUUCGUGGCUUGUGGCUCAGGCAUGGAGUCGUUCAAUGUGUUCGGCCGUGAAGCACGAUGGCUGAUUGUCUGUCGGCUGGACGACCCAAUUGGUGGGUGUCAGACACCGUCGAGUGACUCAGCAACAAGUGGGUCUCCUGUCCAAGAAACAAGGUUUGCAAAAAUGAGAAGCUCAUCGUCACCAGUGGAACGCCGUGGCGAAGAAAUGCCGAGGUUUCAUGUGGAGAAAGCGACCACCAUCAACGACACUGGAGGUCACUUUCCGACGAGGGAUGAUGCUGGAGUCCUCAUUGCGCCUGAUCUACUGUUCGACAUGCCUCAGAUGCUGGCCGACAUGGCACGCAGGUUGGCAAACGACAUAAGUGUGGCGAUCAUCUACGCCUACAUAGAAGACUUGGCGAACCACCUGGUCGCGGAAGCCAGGAAACACGAUAAUGCGCCGUACAUGUCAAACCAUGGCCAGCUGAUGGAUCUCCUUACGAGAUACGGGACCGGCAUAUACAAUGAGAAGGGGUACAACUUAUGGUUGUACAACCAGAGAAUGCGUGCCGGUAGUGCACUGUAUGGGACACUGGGCAUGACUUGGAUUGAUCUGCCCAGCUCGUGGGGGAAACUGAUGGCCGCCAAGGCUUGUCUCAGAGCUGUGGCAGGUUGUGUGGGGGGUAGAUCCGGGUUAAUCUCUCUUGCCAACAUCUACAUUCUUCAGACCAUCGCCUGCGAAAUGACAGACGCUAGAAUUGGUUUUUUGCGAACCCGGGCUAUGGUGCAAAUCAUGUGUCAAUACCUGGAUCGCCUACCUGACUUGCUUUCGUGCAUGCGUGCGAGCCACGAGAUGCGGGAUGUGGCGAGCGCCGUGGCUGGGCAAAGGUUCAACAAUAUCAUUGGACCCUUUGUGGGUGCCCAUGGAGCGGAAAUGCGACAUUUGUUGCAUAUCACCACCACUUUGAUCACGGGUUCCUGUGCGACAAAGAUGCUCAUGGGAGGCGAUGGAGCACCGAACAACCUCAAUUUGAUCACUCCUUUCGAAUCAGCGGAUGUGUUAUAUGCUUACAUUGUGUCCGACUUACGGUACGAGCAUGUGGACAUGGAUGCUACCCCUCACCCCACGUUUGGAGACUCCCUGCACAGUUUUGCUAGAUUUCAAAAGGGUAACAUGCACAUUACAGUCUCUGAGGCUACACCGGACGGAUUAUUCAGAGUCGUCACUUCCUCGCCCACAACAGCUGACAUGACCAUCAUGACACCGGGGGGCCUGGCAGUGUUUUAUCCCCACUGGACCCUGAAGAAAAUAGCAUUGGUGAGCCACCGAAUGACGAGAGCAAAGUUGGUGGGUCAGGAGCAGGGAAUUGUGUGGCCGAGCGUAGGAUGCGCCGGGAAGUCCGAUUUCAGCGUGGAGAGGUCAACGAACUUCCUGGAAGAGGCUUGCGGAGCGAGGUGCCCCUCUCUCUGGCGAAAUGUGGCAGAUGAGGGGGCGCAUAUGCUGGUGAUGGAAUGGGACAACAGGUUUUCCAUGAAGUCCCUCGUCAACCGUUCACAAACGAUGUGGCGGCUGGCAUUGUACUGCCAGAACAGAUUCUGUUGUUACAACCCCAACAACAAUGCCCAUACCGCUUCCCUGCCCAUCGUACCUGCGCCAGGAAACCUGAUGAGAAUUCAGUUGCAAGAGGCGGAGAUUGAGGAGCACAGGCCGCAUUAUGAAGGGUCCGUGACACAUUGGGUGAAUCAGUUGGGGCCUGACCUCUUUGUCUCAUCUACAGGCAGACUUCGAAAAACUUAUAAUGUCAUUGCGGAGAUGCCUGUGGGAACCCCCGCCCUCGGUUACACUUUCUUCCGGGAGCAUCCGGCUGUGUUCGCUGCACCCAACAGAUUGAUUCGGAUGAUAGCGGGUAUUACGGAGAAUGCGGACGACGUCGCAGGGAACAUUUUGGUGGUGAAACAUGCUCGCGGGAGAAAGGAUGAGCUUAUGGACUGCAACGAGGUAGACGUGAGUUGGGUCAACGGUAUCAUGAAACAGACUGUCAGGGAGGGUAGUUUCUGGCGAUCAACGGGGGUGAUCUAG